AUGGUCCUCCAGCGGCCGGUUACCUUUUCAGAUGACUCUGUCCUGGUAGAGCUACCCAGGGUAGCUAAUCCAGAUGUCGCUAAAAGAAUAUACGUCAGGGGUACACUUACACCGAUGAUUGCUGCCACAAAACUCUUUGAGUUACGGAAACUUCAAUCUGAGUGGUAUCAAAACUUGCAUCUUUCGGGGAAUGUUCCCAUUGAAGACCCUAAGCCAUACUUUCGACAAAGGACAGAAAUGUUGAAGGUUUGGAAAGACACAAUGCCCGAGUCGAUUAAUCAAUCUACCAAAGACUGGCUCUACCUUGAAUGGUAUUACCUCAAUGUUUAUGUUGCUGCUCCUUGUCCAAAGAUCCCACGUCCCUGUGACGAAGCGAUGGUUCAAAUCUUCAAUAAUUGCGUCAAUUACGCACGGAGGUUCCGGAACAUACUCCAAGAUUCCAAUGCUCACUUUGUUUACACGUAUCACGAUGCCCUUCGCACAUACUUCAUAGGAAACAACUUUCUCCACGCGGUGUGGCAUAGCGAACAUGCCCUCAUAGAUGGCUCGAAUAUAGAGUCCGCCCUUGAAACAAUAAAAGCAAUUACGUUCGUUCUGACCUCAAUGAUUGUUCGAUGGCAAGAAGUCGAAACCUUAAGGGAUAGAUUUCGGGAGGAAUCAACUUACAUGGUAUCGAGGCGAUUUCAGCAAAAGCUAGAGAAUCUAGUCACUCCUCCGAAAUCAGUCAUAUCAGCACCCCACUUUCCAUACGGAUGGUCUCUCCCGGUAACAGAUAGUUCCCAGCCAGAGUAUAACCCUUCAGCACAUAUUGCGACUGCGGAUUUUGGCAACGUAGCCUUCUAUCGAUAUGGUUGA